GAUUGACAAUUGAAAGUUUCAAUUUGAAACUUGAAAAGUGAAACUUAUUUGCUUUUAACGCACACAAAUAAACAAUCAGUAAAUCCACUCAUCAGAAAUGGAGUAAUCAAAUUGGCUCACUGAUUAUAAGGUAACAAUUGGAAUCAACUAAUGUUUAUAAUACACACCAACGAAUGUAUUUUGUCAAUUAACUAUAUCCAACAAUUUAGAAAUGUGAUCAACUGUGUCGCCGUAAACAUGUAAUUGUAAUUGACUUUUUUUCUCUCUCUCUCCAUUUUCACCUAAUCAAAUUCCAAAGGGUUAAAGAGAAAUCGUCAAUUUCCAAUUCAGAUGGAAAGUGUUUCUUCAUGGAGAUAACUGAAUUUACUUUUGUGCUGGAAAAUUGAAACAAUCAUAAAGUGUCGAGAAAACAAAAAUGGCGACAACUUAAAAUUCUUUUCUAUUUUUCAAUAUUCUUAUGUUUGUUAUCCCGCCUCAUCUAUUUCAACCUUAAUCAUCAUCACCCUCAAAUUGUUAAUCAAGUCAUCAGUUAAACAACAACCUUCUUCAUCUAAUUACAAUUAAGUUAUGUGUUCACUGUUGGAACAAUUUAUCAACAGUUAUUUUAUUUAUACCCGAUUGUUAAUUUAACGCUUUUUUCUAUAUUUUAGAAAUUGUUUUUCUUUCCCCAAAUUAAUUGUUUCUAAUCAAUUGGGUAAUUAGAUUGAUCUAUCAUUCUAAUUCUAAUCAUCAUCAUCAUCAUCCUUCUGACAAACCAAAAGUGAUUCCAUCAUCAAUUUCACUCUAAUUAGACUGUUAAUCCAUCCAUUUAACUUUUACCAAUUAUCUUAAUCUCAAUAUUUAGUGAACAUUAUUUACCCUCCAUUUUUAUAUUGUUGUGAUUAACGUUUUAGUUGUUUUUGUUUCCCUGUGGAUGGGAUAAUAUUUUCACGGUAGAGAAGACGAAAGUGAUUAACAAAUAGAAGAAAAAAAAUAUCAUCAUCAUGAUUGUCAUUAAUGAGAUGAGAGAUCGUGAGUUUACAUCUCUACCAAACAUGGAUGUAUUGGAAGAGAUUAAGACAAUUGAUCAACCAGUAUUGGCGAUUCUUAAUCCAAGAAGGCGACUUCUUCUUGACCCUGGAGUUCCUAGUGCUGUUCAAGUUCGUAGUGUUACUUAUACCCUUGGAAGUGCUGAUAAAAUUGUGAACAUUUUGAAUCGCACCAACAUGACAGUUCCACUUGGGGCAAUUUAUUCACUUCUUGGACCCAGUGGGUGCGGUAAGACAACUUUACUUAGAUGUGUCAUCGGGUGUCUUAAGCCACAAAAAGGAUUAAUCAGAGUCUUCGGUUAUAAACCAGGAACCAAAGGAAGUUUUAUUCCAGGACCUGGAAUUGGUUAUAUGCCGCAAGAUUUUGCUCUUUAUGAUGAUUUAACCAUUGAGGAAACUUUAAUCUACUUUGGUCGAGUUUACUUUAUGCACAAUGAUUUACUCCAACAACGAAUAGAUUAUUUAAUUGAGAUAAUGGAUUUACCCAAGAGAGGAUUUUAUAUUAAAAAUUUAUCGGGUGGACAGAAACGUCGAGUCUCAUUUGCCUGUUCCCUGGUCCAUAAACCUAAAUUAUUACUUCUAGAUGAGCCAACCGUUGGUGUUGAUCCAAUUUUACGUACUCGAAUUUGGGAUGUUCUAAUUCAUUUAACGGAGAACGAGAAAAUGACCGUAAUAAUUACAACUCAUUAUAUUGAGGAAACUCGGCGAUCUCAUAUGGUUGGAUUUAUGCGUCGAGGUCACAUUCUGGCUGAAGAUUCACCGUCAACAUUAAUCCGUCGCUAUCAUGCCAAAAGUUUGGAGGAUGUUUUUUAUAAAUUAUGUGUCGCUCAGAAGCGACAAUCAAAAUUAUGGAAACGAACCUCAUCAAGGAAAAGAUCAGGACUUUUCUCAAAGUAUCCGCUUUCACCAAGAGACUGGAAUGAACCUCCAGGAAUAGUUGGUGGUUUAGGCCAAGGAUUAGGAGAUGGACUUGAAUCAGCAGAUGAAUUGGAACCUGAAACACCCGAAUCAGGUUUCGGUCCCGACAUGGCUCUCGAUUCGAGUAAUGCUCAUUGGUACACUAAACUUGACGCGGUGACUCGUAAAAUUUUAAUCCAAUCAGUUCGUCAACCAUCAGCCAUAUUUGCACAAUUUAUCCUUCCCCUUGUUUCACUGUUCCUUUUCUGCUGGUGUGUCGGAGGAACCCCGAAAUUAGUUCCAAUUGCUCUGGUUAACAAUGAGAAUCCACCUUACCUAUCGGAAACCUAUUUAUCUCAUAUCGACAAAUCGAUAAUUAGUUUAAGAAAUUAUUCCUCCCUGGAAGAAGCUCUUGAAGGUGUUAGAGCCAAUAAACUAUUGGCCGCUCUUCACUUUGAGCAUAAUUUUUCCGAUUCAUUGAUACAACGUUCAGAAACAAAUGAGAUACUUUCUGAUCGGGUUGUCAACGAUUCGACAAUUAAAAUCUAUGCUGAUCUCACCAAUAAGAUUUUAGUUGUUACCUUGCUUCGUUCAUUGAACAUUGCCGUUCAAAAGUUUCUUCGUGAUGUUUCAAGUGACCUCGGAUAUUCAUCAGAACUUUUUACUCCCCCAAUUAAGGUGGAAUCAGCCAUUUUCGGUGAAUAUCGACCUGGUGAUUACUUUGCCGUUCGUGAUUACGGAAUUCCCGGAACUUUAAUUAUUUUAACUUAUUCUUGUGCCUUUGGAUUAACAGUUAUGGUUCUUACCGUUGAAAGAGCUCGACAAAUGUUUGAACGCAACUUCGUGGCCGGAGUUACGACUACUCAUAUAAUAUUAGGCCAUUUAAUUGCUCGAAUAAUAUUUAUGUCCAUUUCGGUGGUCAUUCUUUUCCUUGUGGCCUUAUUUAUUUUCGAUGUUCCUUGUAAUGGACCUUUUCUUCAAGGUUUAUCACUUCUUUUUCUGCAAAGUGUCUCAGGUUUAACUCAUGGAAUGAUGAUCUCUUCAAUGUGCUCUGAAUUUUUCAUGGCUGCUGUCAUAAGUAAUGGUAUGUUACUGACGAUGUUCAUACUUUCUGGUGCCCUUUGGCCUGUCCAAUCAUUACCUUUUUGGCUCAAGAAGGUCAGUCUUGCCCUUCCGGUGACCAUACCAACAGAAGCAUUAAGAAGUAUCCUUUCCAGAGGACUUGAUCUCAACCAUCAAUCAGUAAUGUUUGGUUUUAUCAUCUCAAUUGGUUGGUCAUUAAUCUUCCUCUUCUCAGCUGUAAUAUUAUUCAAAAAGACUCAAAAGUUGAAGGAUUAAAUUUGGAAAAUCAUCAAAAGCAAAAAAAAAUCAAACUCCAAGUCCCAAAAAGGAAAACCCAAAACCCAAUAAAUAGGAGCCAUUAAUCAACAUCAUAGUAUAUUCUAAAUCAAUCCAACAUUUAUAAUCAAAAUUAACACCAUUACAUCAGCAAGACAAACACAAUCACCCAUAGUUAAUUGGAAUCAAAUCAAAACAAUUAACACGAGACAAAAAAACUCAACACACUCACUCAUCAUUAUAAUUAGGAUCUAAAUACAACAACAAACCAAUUUGACCGCUAUCUUAAACAAUCACACUCUAACACAACUGUGCAAUAACUUAAAAAUCAUUGUAAAUCAAUUUGUUCACAUAAUCAUAAUUUAAUUAAAUUAACUGAAAAAAAAUUUUGAAAAUUAAAUUUUGCAAAAAGUGGCUCCAUCUGGCGAGAACAAUCAACACUAAAGUGACAUGAGUUGGCAAUGAGUCUGUCUAAAUGUAGAGACACAGAGUUGAAGCCAACACUUGAAUUAAAAUCCGGUCUUUAAAUCCGGUGAAUUUUAUUUGAUUUAGUUAUUUUUUACCUUAGAAAUAAAGUUAAUUAACUUGAUGAGAAUAGUUAAUUGUUUCCACGCAGUGAACAAUUUGACUGCGUCAUCUUUAAUCAAAUGAAAGUUUUUACAACAAAUUUAAUACAAUUGGAAAUGUAAAUCAACAGUAACACAUCAACAUUUAUUUUCCUUUUUCUCUUUACCUUAAAUUUUUUUGGUUCUUUGGUUGAUCAAUUUUCAUCAAUUUUCAUCUUUUAUUCACCAUCACAAUUCAAAUCAAAUUACAAAUCGGAUAAUUAUUUUUUCCCCGUU